AAACACUCGACUUUACAGUCAGUUUCAAAUCCGGAUGCUGCAGGAAGGCAGAAAAACAAGAUUAAAACACGUAUAUCCGAAGUUUUGCUUGUUAUUUCAGACCGAAAUACGUGAAUGGACACAGUGAAGUUUUCGUGUUUUCAAAACUGAUGGCCAGGUAUGGAAUCAGAACUGUUGAUUGGAUGGCAGCAGGAGAGGGCGGAGCUGAGGGCGGAGUUAUCACAUCUGCAGGAUGAGUUAGCAGAGAGCAGAGCGGAGAGGGAGGAGCUUGAGUCUCGAGCUCAAGCUUUGACUGACAGGCUGUCUCAGACACUGGACCCUUCUCUGUCAUUAUCAGUGCGUCUGGACGAUGAGCAGAGAGAAGGGCGGAGAAAGCUCAGAGAGGGCAGAGAGAGAGAAGCCAGACAGGCUCUGCUCAUCCAUAAACUUCAGAACAAGGUGUUGGAGUACAGGGCUCGCUGUCAAGCUCUGGAGCAGCAGUCGAUCAGCGAGGAGCAAGAGCUGAGGAUCAGAGAGAGGAUGCUGCGGGAUGAACGCAGUGACACGCUGGAGAGCACCCUCAUCAGGCUGGAGGAGGAACAGCAGAGAAGUUUGGGGCUGUCGGAGGUCAGUGCUCUUCUGCGGAGUCAGCUCAGCCAAUCAACAGAGGCUAACGAAGCCCUGAGGGACGACCUGCGAAAGCUAACAGCUGACUGGUCUAAAGCUGUGGAGGAGGUGGUGGAGAAAGAAAUCGAUUGGCAAAAAGAGAAAGAGGUUUUGACAGGCCACAUAGGGAAGGAGCAGACCAGACUGAUGACUCUGUGGGGAUGCGUGGUCACGCUCAGACGCCAGUGUCACUCUCUGAAGACUGCUACUGACAAAGACCUGUGGGAGCUGAGAGCAGAGUUCUCUCGUCUCUCCUCAUCUCUCCUCUCUGUAUGGGUUUCUCCUCGAUCGGCUUCUACGCUGCCCCUUGACUUCCAUAUAGCCCACUCCACUACAUCGCAACCUCUCUCCUCCACCCAGGGGCCGCUGUCUCUUGAUGAUCUGAAUCAUGAAGAGAGGGAGUCGACUGAAUUAAAAGCCAACCUGGAGUCAGAGACACUGGAACUCAGGAAUAGGAUAACAGAGCUGAAUAUGACAAUUAAAACUCUUGAAACUGAAAGGGAGAAUCAGGAGGCUGAGAUGGAGAGGAGGCACAGGCAGGAGAUGGAGAGAGAACAAGAGCAAGAGAGGAAGUGGCAUAGACAGAUAGAAAUGGAGAGAAACUUUGAGUCUGUCAGACAUGCUAUCAGGACAUUGUCGAGGGUCCUCCGCUCUCAGCAGAUGAGUGGGCAGUCAGGCUCUCUGUCUGCAGAUGAUGUGUCCAGUGAAGGACUGUCGUCUGUACUCUCUGUCAUCGCUCAAGCUGAGACUGCCUUGCAAUGGAGACAACAGGAAGUACAGGAUGCUCAGAUGAGCUUGCGUAGACUUGGGACAGAGAACGAAUCACUGGAGCAGCGAAUCACGCAGUUGGAGAGUGAGAGGGCGGAGCUUCAGGAACAGACCAAUCAGGGAGCAUUGCAGAUUAAACACACACAGGAACUACUGAACAGUGAGAAGGAGAUGGUGACUAGUUUGCGCAGUCAGAUGGAAGAGGCCGAGAGACUUACCGAGGAGCUGAGACAGGAGAAUGAACAUAUGAGACGACAGAGAGAGAAAGAGGAGGAGGAGAGAGUCCAGUUGGAGAGAGAGAGACAGAAACGCAUGGAGGCAGAAAUGCUAGAGGCCGCUCAGCUGUGUGAGAGAGAGACUCGCACCCGUCUGGAGCUGCACAGCCUGCAGGGGGCACUAGAGAGAGAGAAGCUGGACAGAGAACGAGCUGAGCAAGAGACGGCUGACACUAAAGAUUCUUUACUGAAGGCACGGGAGUCAUUACUGGCCCUGUCCUCCAGUCAAACCCAGCUCAAGAGAGAGCUGGCAGAAGGUCGAGAUGCCCUGGAGAAAAUGGCUGCUUUAAAUGAAGCUCUGGCCAAGGACAAGAGAGAACUCAGUGUUCGUGCUCUGCAGCUGGAGACGGAGGUGGCAGAAGCCCAGGCCCAGAUCCAGGCAUUUGGCGCAGAGAUGGCGGGUCUGUGCAGGGAAGUGAAGACCACGUCUCUAGAGGCCAAUGAGUUAAGGGAGCGGAGAGAGACGGAUCUGAAAACUCUGCAGCAGCUCAGAGACCGAGAGAGAGAGCUGGAGAAUGAGCUGGAGACAGAGAGGGAGGACAGGGAGAGGGAGGUGACUGCUUUCACAGAAGAGAAGUGGAAAGAUGAACAGAGGAUUGCAGAGUUAACUGAACAGUGCAGUACGAUGAUGAAGGAGCUGCAGAGUGUCCAGGCAGAACUACUCAAAGCAGCAGAGCAGCAGAGAAGAGCUGAACGAGAGAGAGACAACCUAAUGAGAGAGAGCCAGAGACUAGAGGACACAGUAUGUUGGCUGGAGAGAGAAAAGGAGGAACUCUCACAAGUCAAAGAGGAACUCGGAGGUGUGGUGGUAUGUCUCCAGAAGCAGAUUGCUCAGGUUCAGGAACAGUCCUCAGGUCUGGAGGUGCAAUGCAGUCAGCUUCAAACACAGGUGGACACGCUCACACAGACCAAAGAUGUCUUGCAAGGGGAGAUUCAAUGUCUACAGACAGACCUGGAGAGAGAGACAGCACAGAGAGAACAAGAAAACCAAGAAGCAAUGGAAGAAAGAAGGAAGAGUGAAAGAGAGAUAGAAAACUGGCAGCUGGAAUGCAAGAGGAUUCAGCGGGAUGUUGAACAAGAAACGGAGAAAAACAAAGUACAAGCGGAAGAGAGCAAAACUGAGAGAGAAAGAUGGCAAAAAGAGAGAGAAGCUCUGAACGCAGAACUUGGCCAGAAAGAUGGAGAAGUGGAGAUAAUGAGAAACAAAAUUGAUGGUUUGUUAAAAGAAAAAGAAGAGCUUUCAGACCACUUAGAUAAAAGAAACACAGAACUUGAGAAACUACAAAUGAAAUCAGCAGCAGAGCAGAAAACAGUCGAACUAAGAUUGAGAGAAGUGUGUGAUGAGAUUGAGGGAUGGAAGGAGAGAGAAAACAAGGUUCAGAGAGAGAAAGAAGAGUUAAAUCAGAAGUAUAUAGAAAGAGUGGAAAAAGAAAGUCAGAACCUCAAGAUCACAGAGAGAGAGAAGGCUAAGAUGUCUGAUCAAAUGAAAAUUAAUGAGGAUGAAAUACGAAAGAGGGGAGAGGAUAUUGAAGAGUUAAAAUCAAAAGUCCAAUCGCAUGAGAGAACAAUUGAGAGUCUGGAAAUAGAGUUACAAGAGAAAGAGACUUUGGAGAGUAGAGUAAAAGCCCUGGAGAAACACAACACUAAACUGAAAGAGAGAGAAAUGGAGAAAAUAAGAGAAAAUGAAAACAGGCAAAAGAAAAGAGAUGAGCAAGAGAGGGAGAAAGAACUGAGGUGGAGAAGACAGUUAGAACAGAAAGAUGAAGACUUGAUAGAGCUCAAAAGCAGAGUUGAAGAACUAAUGAGAGAAAAAGAACAUAUCUCAUUACUCUUGGAAGAAAGAGAUAAAGAUGUUGAACAAUUGCAAACUGCGUUGUCAACAGAAAAGAGAACUCUUGAACUGAGACUGAAAGAGGCAAAAGACAAUGUGGAGUGGUGGAAGAGACGAGCUGGCAACAUGGAAAAAGUGAAGGAGAGCAUAAAUUGGGUCGCUGAAAGAGAGAGAACAGAACUGACCGAGCUUCUUAGAGAAAAAGAAGAAGAGGUACAAAAGAGAGAAGAGGACAUUGGUGAUCUCAAAGGUAGAAUUCAGUCAUUAGACGUAAUCAUAGAGAAACUAGAGACUGAUGUUCAGCAGAAGGAUGAACAACUUCAACUUCUAAAGGAGCAAAUCUCACAGAUAAAAGAGAGGGAGAUGGAGAAACAAAAAGAGGUGGACAGGAAGCAAGUAGAGGUAAAAGAACAGGAGAAACAACUGAAAAGAGAAUUAGAAGAUCUCAAUACUCAAAUGGAGGGAGUCAUUCAAGAAAAAGAGGCGACACUAGAAAGGGUGGAAGAGAGAGAUAGUGAGCUGAAAGAAUUACAAGCAAAACUUACUCAAGAACAGAAGACGUUUGAACAGAAGCUCAAAGCAGAGCGCGAAGAGGUGAACGGGUGCAAAGCCAAGUUAGCUGAGAUGGAACGAAACCGGAUGAGCUUGGAGGAAAGGGAGAAACAGGAAAAGAAAAGACAGGAGAUGGAGGAAAGAGAUAGAGAGCAGCUACUGAGAGAAGAACUCCUUCAGAAGGAGUGGGAGUUGAAGCAGUUGAGAUUAAAGAUUGAUGAACUGAACCAGGAAAACGAGGAGGACAGGAGGAUAAGAAUGGAGCAACAAGAAGACCUUGAACGACAAACUGCCCUCCUACAAGACACUAAGGAGGCGGCACGGGAACUGAAGAAGAGUUUACAACAAAAAGAAAAAGAGGAAAGAGAGAGAGUCCACCGUGAUGAAGAAGCAAUGAGAAGGCUGAGAGAAAAGCUGCAUGAAACCGAACAGAGGUACCUUGAAGUCUCAAGCUGUCUACGAGAGACUGAAAUUAAACUGGAGAAGGAAAAAUGUCAGAACAGAGAGAAAGAUGAGAGACUUAUGGGCUGUAACCAAGAGCAACUAUUGGUCAAACGUGAGCUGGAUCAAGAGCGGGAGACUGUUGAAGAACUGAAGAAACUUAUAGGAGAACAAGGUGAAGAGGUGAAGACACUGAAGGGAAAGUUGGAUGAACGGUUGGAAGAUGUGGGAAGGUUGUCACAACUGCUGCAAAACAGCAGAGGGGAAGCACAGGCGUUUGAAUCCAGGGCAGAAAACAGUGAAGAGGAGAAUCAAAGAUUGAAGAGGUCUUUAAGUCAGGUUGAAGAUGAGAGGAGGCGUCUGGAGACCCAACUGAGAGAUGAAAAAACAGAAGGGGAAAGACUGAGAGCCAGGCUUGAGGAUCUUCAGAAAGGUCAACAUAUCUUGAUGGAGGAAAAAGAGGGAUGUGUGGAGAAGCUUGGGGCUCGUAUUACAGAGCUGGAGGAGGAGAGAGACCAUCUCUCGGCAGAGUUUCGAAGGAAAGAGAGAGAGAUUGAGGCUCUUAGAGAUGAAAUGUUUCGGGAGAGGCGAGAGAAGGACAGAAUAAGCUCUUUGCUGAAUGACGCAAAUGAAAGGAAAGAAGUACUGGUUGCUCAGAUGGAUGUUUUGCAAGAACAGGUGGUUAAUCUGUCUAGAACCAAAGAACAAACAAGGUCAAUGAUCCAGGAAAGAGAAGAACAGAACCAGAAGAUGCGAGAGGGGCUGAUUGCAGGGCUUCAGGAGAUGGCUACUCUGAAGGAACGGUUGGAAGAGAAAGAUGAGAGACUUAUGGGCUGUAAUCAAGAGCAACUUUUGGUCAAACGUGAGCUAGAUCAAGAGCGGGAGACUGUUGAAGAACUGAAGAAACUUAUAGGAGAACAAGGUGAAGAGGUGAAGACACUGAAGGGAAAGUUGGAUGAACGGUUGGAAGAUGUGGGAAGGUUGUCACAACUGCUGCAAAACAGCAGAGGGGAAGCACAGGCGUUUGAAUCCAGGGCAGAAAACAGUGAAGAGGAGAAUCAAAGAUUGAAGAGGUCUUUAAGUCAGGUUGAAGAUGAGAGGAGGCGUCUGGAGACCCAACUGAGAGAUGAAAAAACAGAAGGGGAAAGACUGAGAGCCAGGCUUGAGGAUCUUCAGAAAGGUCAACAUAUCUUGAUGGAGGAAAAAGAGGGAUGUGUGGAGAAGCUUGGGGCUCGUAUUACAGAGCUGGAGGAGGAGGAAGACCAUCUCUCGGCAGAGUUUCGAAGGAAAGAGAGAGAGAUUGAGGCUCUUAGAGAUGAAAUGUUUCGGGAGAGGCGAGAGAAGGACAGAAUAAGCUCUUUGCUGAAUGACGCAAAUGAAAGGAAAGAAGUACUGGUUGCUCAGAUGGAUGUUUUGCAAGAACAGGUGGUUAAUCUGUCUAAAACCAAAGAACAAACAAGGUCAAUGAUCCAGGAAAGAGAAGAACAGAACCAGAAGAUGCGAGAGGGGCUGAUUGCAGGGCUUCAGGAGAUGGCUACUCUGAAGGAACGGUUGGAAGAGAAAGAUGAGAGACUUAUGGGCUGUAACCAAGAGCAACUUUUGGUCAAACGUGAGCUAGAUCAAGAGAGAGAGACAGUUGAAGAACUGAAGAAACUUAUAGCCGAACAAGGUGAAGAGGCGAAGACACUGAAGGGAAAGCUGGAUGAACGGUUGGAAGAGGUGGAAAGGUUGUCACAACUGCUGCAAAACAGCAGAGGGGAAGCACAGGUGCUUGAAUCUAGGGCAGAAAACAGUGAAGAGGAGAAACAAAGAUUGAAGAGGUCUUUAAGUCAGGUUGAAGAUGAGAGGAAGCGUCUGGAGACCCAACUGAGAGACGAAAAAACAGAAGGGGAGAGACUGAGAGCCAGGCUUGAGGAUCUUCAGAAAGGUCAACAUAUCUUGAUGGAGGAAAAGGCGGGACGUGUAGAGAAGCUUGGGGCUCGCAUUACAGAGCUGGAGGAGGAGAGAGACCAUCUCUCGGCAGAGCUUCGAAGGAAAGAGAGAGAGAUUGAGGCUCUUAGAGAUGUAAUGUUUCGGGAGAGGCGAGAGAAGGACAGAAUAAGCUCUUUGCUGAAUGAUGCAAAUGAAAGGAAAGAAGUACUGGUUGCUCAGAUGGAUGAUUUGCAAGAACAGGUGGUUAAUCUGUCUAGAACCAAAGAACAAACAAGGACAAUGAUCCAGGAAAGAGAAGAACAGAACCAGAAGAUGCGAGAGGGGCUGAUUGCAGGGCUUCAGGAGAUGGCUACUCUGAAGGAACUGCUGGAAGAGAGUCAUCGUGAGGGAGAGAGACUCAGGUCCAUGAUGCAGGAAAGGAAGGAUGAGUUGGUCCGGAGCAGAGAGGAUGGAGUUAGGGCAGCAAAAAUUGAAGCCAAAGAUCUUCUACUCAAAGUCCAGAUGUUUGAGAAGCAAAAACAGGAAUUUAAGUCUGCCCUGCAACUCCAAGAGGAACAACUUAAGAAUAAAAAUGAGGAAGGGUUGCGAAAGAUAGAACAAAUGCUGCAAAGAGAGGAGAAGUUAGAAGAAGAAUUGACGACCAUGAAGAGCGUAGUGGAGCAGAGAGAGGCUGAGCUGACCAGAGCAAGGGCUAGAAUAGACAUCCUGGAAGAUCAGAGGACUGAACUCAGCUCUUUGGCCGCAGAGAGGACCAGAGAAGCAGAAGAACUGAGUAACAGAUUCAGAGAGCUGAGACAGGAAGUUGACAGACUGAGAGAGGAUAGAAUAAGAGAGAGUAAAGAUUGGGAGGAACUCAAAAAUGAAAAUAAAGAGAAACAAAAUGUGUUAGAAGGAUUGGAGUUCCUCAGAAAAACAUUGAGGGAAAAUGAAAAGAAGAUAGAAUUGAUGAAAGAGAGAUAUGAAAAUGAGAAAAGAAAAAGUGAGAGAUUCCAGCAAGCGGAGGAGCAGAAAGUUAGACAACUAGAAUUAUUCUCAGAGAGACUGAAGGAUAAAGAAACUGAGUUGGAGAGUAUUCAAGAAAUGGCAUAUAAAGAACAAUCAGCAAGACUUAGAUUGCAGGAUCAAUUUGAAGACGAGAAAAGAGAUGUUAAGAUAUUGAGGGAAAAAAUGGAAACCUUAAAGAAAGAGAAACACGAGCUGGAGACCAAAUUAGAAGAGAAUAUACGUAAUCUUAGAGAAUCUGAAAAGAAAAACAAUGGACUAAAGAUGGAUAGUGGCCAUGGCACUCUGUCAGACUUCCUAGAGAUAAAUGCUGAAUAUCAUCAGCCUCAUGACAAGUUGUUAGGGACAGACACACUUAGAAGGGACCUUACAAGAAAGGAACAGGAAAUAGAGAGGUUGAGGGCAAAGGCUCAGAUGCUGCAGACUGAGAUAGACAGAUUGAACUCCACAAUAAAAAAUGAUAAAGUAAAAACUGGGCCAACAGAGAAUGAGAACUGGGGAAGGCUAAAGGAACAAGUGUCCGGUGUCCUUUUAGAAAAGGAGGAGAGGGACAGACUCCUUAGAGAGAAGGAUGUUGAAGUAUAUGCUCUGAAGGAGCGAGCCAAGGAACUGACUAAAGACAGGGACCGGGUCAGGACGGCUCUGGAGAAGACUGAAGCCAUGCUGAUUUACUAUAAAGAGAGGCUGGGACAGCAGGAGCACAAGAGAACCCGAGCAGAAGCUAUGUCACAGGUCAGUAAGGACUCCAUAGAUGAGGUGGAUACAGACUGUGCUGUGCAGGAGCGUCUGUCGGCCAUGCAACGGGCCGUGGCACAACUGGAGGUGGAUCAGAACCUUCUGCAGAAGAAAAACAAUCAUCUGGAGAAGAAAAUUGAGAGACUACGAACUGAGCGACAGCACCUUAGAGAGACGUUGACACAGGUUGAGCUGGAGAGGGGGAAACUGAGGCAUCAGCUGUCACGGUCAGAAGCUGGAGUUCUGGACCUGUCAGAUGGUACGGACAAGGAAGAGCUGAAGCGACUCAGAGCCCAAGCUAGGGAGCUGGAAGAACAGGUUCACCAUCUUCGUCUCAUGUUGGCUGUGGACCAUCAGCAGAGGGCAGAGUUCAUAGACCGCUCUCUGAAGAACAGCCAGAGUCUGAUGUUCCUGAGACAGGAUCUGAACGAGUCUCUAGCUGCGGUCUCUCAGCGGCCCGUCCCUUCAGUGCUGGAGUCAGAGACACAGAGGCUGGACAGGAGCAUCAGAGAGGAAGAGCUCCGACAGUCUCUCAGCCAAAGCUAAAGAAAUAAAACACUCCUUUAUAUGUAAUGACUAUUAUAUAGUUCAUAUAACACCAUAUUUUUGCACUUAACAUUCAGUAAUUCUGUCCGUGAGCCUAAGAUUUAUUUUACACUCAGGAUUUUACUGUUACAUUUAUAUAUGAAUUUAUGUAUUUUGUAAAUAUUUUUGUUUUAAACCAUUCUAAAAAUGAGCUACAAUUAGCUACAAAAUAUCACCUUAAAAGAGGCAACUAUUUUAGAUGGUGAAUUUAAUUUCAGGUUUACAUCUGUCUUUUCCUGACAGGCAGAUAAUUUAAUAGCUAAAGCUUUAUGAUCAGUUUACAAUACUUUUCAAAGCUAUUCCGUCAGUGUUAUAAUGCGUGCAAUAUAAGCAGCCUGUUUAAUUCAAUGUAAUACUGUUUUUUUUAUUUUUUUUUAUAAUAAACUUAAAAAUGAUUCAGAAUCUGUUUCCUCACAUCUCUGAUACCAAAUCACAAAUAUAGAUUUUAAGCUCAGGGCCUUGGUGUGGUUUACUGGAAUGUAUAAACUGAUAACGUGUAUAGCCCGAAUGACAGUUAUUUGGGAUUAAAGCAUCUGCCAAAUGCAUAAAUAUAAGUGUUUUCACUGUA